AUGCAAUCUACACAACCGCUCGACGGCACUAGUCUGUUGGCGACGACAUCUUCUAGGAACGCGCACAGCCCGUUCCCGCUCGCCACAGAAAAGGAGCCCGCCGGCCUCUUCCACGAGUACGACCCCAGCAGCGCCCUGCCCGAGGGCCACGCCGCCCUCCGCGGCAUCCUGGACGCGGGCGGGCUGCGCCUGGGCGGCGACGGGUUCGACGAGCCCGGGGCCUCCGUGCCCACCGUGGCCAGGCUGUACCGCGCCGCCGGCCCCAACGAGAUCCCGUUCUCGGUGGAUACGUGGAAGGCUGCGCUGCAGGAGGAGUUUGCGACCUUCUUCUUCCUCUACCAGUUCUCCAUCUACGCGGUCUGCCUCUGGUUCUCGUACUGGCACUACACGCUCAUCGCCCGCGCCUCGGAGGAGGGUGCGCUGCCCGCG